CAGGUAUUUAUGAUGCCUGGGUCAUCCUUCAUGAACGUGCUGGCGGGUUCUCUGUAUGGCUCUGCCACAGCCGUGCCCAUGAUAGCGCUCCUCAGCACUGCAGGAUCUUGCGGCAGCUACUGGCUCUCCCGGCUGGUGGUGAAGGAUGUGGUGGUGGCGCUCUUUCCCGGCAGAAUAGCGACGUUCAGCCGAGCGCUGACGGCGCAGAAAUCGCAGAUGCUGGCUUACCUUAUUGUGGCCCGCCUCACCCCGGUCGUCCCCUCCUGGUUUAUCAACCUGGCCUCACCAAUCCUCCAGGUGCCCUUCCGGCAUUUCCUGCUGUCGACGGCGGUGGGAUUGCAGCCGACCAACAUCAUGCUGGUGCAUGCCGGCUCCUCCCUCACUCGCCUGCACUCCUGGCGAGACCUG